UCCCAACUUCCGGUGAAAGAGGAGAAGUGUCUCACACGAUUACUCUGACAAGGCCUGUCGUUACUCACCCGUAGCUAGUUGAACGGGGUUUCGGUAAGAGCCAUGGCCCUGUGAUUGCCAGCAAGUCAGCUAAUUAACUUUUUUUAAAAAGAAACUAGGAUAAGUCGCCGUUGGCGAGGCUUUGACUAAACGUCACAUCGUCAGAGCCACAGGUUUGAGUGUUACCCCGCGACUGCCAGCUAGUUAGCUAGCUAAAGACGCAGCUAGCUAUUCGCCGACCAAGCACCUCUAAAUUAGAUCCUGGUGUCUGUUUCAAGAUGUCAACUGCGGGGUUCAACUCUCAGAAUGGGACAGGGACGGGACAAGCAUAUGCGAAUGGUCCGUCACAGAAUCCAGUUGCCCUACAGCAGCUGCCAGGGGUCAGCUAUGGCAUGACCCACCAACCAGCCUACAAUCCAAUGCAGGCCAAAGCUCCCGCACCUCCCGGCCCUGGACUCUACCCCUCUGGGGCAUACCAGCCUGUUCCCCCUGUCAGCUCCUACCAGCCUGGCCCACCACUCACUUCCUACCCAGCUUCCCCAGGCCAGCCACUGUUGACGAGGCCUCCAAUGGGAGGUCCUCCAUCUCAUACCCCUCCUCAGUCUGCCAGCCCCAGCCCUGGUCCCAGGCUGCCCCCUGCACAGGCCACACCCCCCCCUCCUGCUGCAUCUUCUGGUAACUACUACUCAAACCCGCCGCAGCCCGUGGCUCCAACAUGGCAGUACAACACAGCUCGCCCACCAAUGGGGCCACCCAGCUCCAUGAGCACCCCUCCCCGCGGCCCUGUUGCAAAUCAUGUGAACACAGCUUCAAGCUCUGCAGUGCUGCCACCACCGUCAUCGGCAGCUUACAGCUCUGCACCACCAGCCCACGUGUCCCAUAGUGCCACCCAACCUCCAGGCCCCAGGAUGCCCCCCACCUCUCUGCAUGGAUAUAUCCAGCCAGGCACUGCCCCUCCACCAAUGAAUCCCAUGGCUUCCCAAACAUACCAGCCAAGCAGACUUCCCUAUGGGCUCCCAACUACAGGACCCCCACCUACAGGCCCACCACUAGCCAUGAAACCUACACCACCUCCCACUGGACCCCCAAUGGCCAAUGCCACACCUCCACCCCCCAAAGCUGAUGCUCAGUGUGGGGCGGCUGUUAACAGCACUCUUUCCCCCACUGAGCCCGACUGCCAGGAGGGGGAUAUUGAAUGUCCAGGAACUGUGGCUGGCAAUGGCCCCCAAGCAUCAAACAGCUAUAAUCAUGUUGACAACAAAAUGGCUGGCCCGCCCCAGCCUGGACCACCUGGUCGACACUUGGGCCACUACCCCUCUCUCCCCCCUGGGUACCAGAACACCACGGCUCCCCACAAUGCCGCCCCCCCCAUGCACCCUGCGAUGCAAGCUGCCACACAGCCUUACACUCAAGCACAUCAGCCAUACCAGCAGCCACCGGGUGGCCCAGGGCCGGCCCAGCUGAGCCCGUCCUUGGCAGCCAUGAGCCUCCAGUCUACCACCCCAGAGGCCCUGAGAGUGGUCAACCUGCUCCAGGAGAGGAACCUGCUGCCACCAAGCUCGAUCCCUGCCCCGACACCCUGCCUGCCCCAGGACCUGCAGAAGAUUAACUGCAACCCAGAGGUUUUCCGUUGUACACUGAGUAGUAUCCCUCAAACCCAGUCUCUGCUCAAUAAAGCCAAGAUGCCGCUGGGCCUGCUGCUCCACCCCUUCAAAGACCUCUCGGCAGUGGACUUCAGAGCCAUUGAUGUACAUGAGGUCACUGGUUCUUCACUGUUCAAUCACGAGGCAGCUAGGCAGCUUCCCGUGGUGACAUCCAGCACUAUUGUCAGAUGUCGGUCAUGCAGAACCUAUAUCAACCCCUUCGUCUCUUUCCUGGACCAGAGGAGGUGGAAGUGCAACCUUUGCUAUCGGGUUAAUGAUGUUCCAGAGGAAUUUAUGUACAACCCAGUCAGCAGAUCAUAUGGAGAGCCACACAAAAGACCGGAGGUCCAGAACGCCACUAUUGAGUUCAUUGCUCCUUCAGAAUACAUGCUGAGGCCACCGCAGCCUGCUGUUUACCUCUUCGUACUGGAUGUAUCCCACAAUGCAGUGGAGACAGGCUACCUGAAUGUGUUCUGUCAAUCACUGCUGGACAAUAUCAAUGCGCUUCCUGGAGACUCGCGAACAAAAGUAGGCUUCAUCACCUUCGACAGCACCAUCCACUUCUACAACCUGCAGGAGGGACUCUCCCAGCCUCAGAUGCUCAUCGUGUCAGACAUCGAAGACAUCUUUUUACCAACACCAGACAGCCUUCUAGUAAACCUCAAUGAAUGCAAAGAACUUGUGCAGGAUCUGCUUAAGAGUCUGCCAAGUUUAUUUGAAAAGACCAUGGAGACCCAAUCUGCCCUGGGAUCAGCUCUGCAAGCAGCCUUCAAGUUGCUGUCACCCACAGGAGGGCGCAUGUCUGUCUUUCAGACGCAACUGCCCAACCUCGGUGUGGGGGCACUCCAGUCCAGAGAGGACCCCAACCAGCGGGCAUCUGCUAAGGACAUCCAGCACUUAUCCCCAGCGACAGACUUCUACAAGAAGCUGGCUCUGGACUGCUCUGGCCAGCAGGUGGCUGUUGACCUGUUCCUGCUCAGCUCCCAAUACUGUGACCUGGCAUCGCUUGGCUGCAUAUCCAGAUACUCAGCAGGGAGCGUUCACUACUACCCUUCCUACCACCACCAGCAUAACCCCGCUCAGGUGGAGCGCUUCCAGAAGGAUCUGAAGAGAUACUUAACCAGGAAGAUCGGCUUUGAGGCUGUCAUGAGGAUACGCUGCACCAAAGGUCUAUCCAUCCACACGUUCCACGGAAACUUCUUUGUGCGGUCCACAGACCUGUUGUCCCUCCCUAACGUGAACCCAGAUGCUGGCUUUGCAGUUCAGAUGUCCAUCGAGGAAAACUUGGACGACAUGCAGGUUGUCUCUUUCCAGGCCGCCCUGCUUUACACUUCCAGCAAAGGAGAGAGGAGGAUCCGUGUCCACACUUUGUGUCUCCCUGUGGUCAAUUCUCUGUCGGAUAUCUUUGCUGGGGCCGAUGUUCAAGCCAUUACUGGGCUGCUGGCUUGCAUGGCUGUGGACCGUUCAGUGACAGCCAGUCUGAGUGACGCCAGAGAUGCGAUGACCAACGCUGCCAUUGACUCGCUGUCAUCGUACCGGCAGUCUGUGUUGACCAUCCAGCAGCCCGGUCUGCUGGCCCCGGCCUGCCUCAGACUCUUCCCCCUCUACAUCCUUGCGCUGCUCAAACAGAAAGCCUUCAGGACAGGUACCAGCACCAGGCUGGAUGACCGGGUGUUUGCCAUGUGUCAGUUGAAGUACCAGCCACUGGCCUACACCAUGCUGAUGAUCCACCCUGCUCUGUACCGUGUCGACGAUCUGACCGAUGAGGGAGCUUUGAACAUCAACGAGCGGACCAUACCCCAGCCCAGAGUGCAGCAGCUGUCUGUGGAGAAGCUCAACAGGGAAGGAGCUUUCCUCAUGGACGCUGGAAUAGUGAUGUAUCUGUGGAUCGGACGGAACUGCCACCCCAACUUCCUGACACAAGUCCUGGGAGUUCCCAACUAUGCUGCCGUGCCUGAUAACCUGUAUCUGCUGCCAGAGCUGGACACCGCCGAGUCACAGAGAACCAGAGCUUUCAUUGGUUGGCUGAGGGAUCAGAGGCCAUUCUUCCCCUCUCUGCAUGUCGUCAGGGACGAGAGCCAGCUGAAAGCCAGCUUUAUGCAGAACAUGAUCGAGGACCGAACGGAGUCGGCCCUGUCAUACUAUGAGUUCCUGCUCCACCUCCAACAGCAAAUCUCCAAAUAAUCUUCAGUGGGACUGUGGAGAUGAGCGAACACUGAAGCAAGGAUGCACAUCAGUCUAUGUGCGUGGGUAUAUAUGUAAAUGGUUUGCGUGUGUGUGUGCGCGUGCGUCUGUGUGUGUAUGUGUGCGCUUGAAAGCAGAGGGAGGCAGGCUCAAGGAUGCCUCUUGCUUCAUUUUCAGCUGUGGUCCACCAUCUCUCUGAGGAAAACUUUCUAAACUGAACUGAUGUGAAGCGUCACUCAAAUCAAACUAAGUGACGGACAGUGUGAGGACGGAGAGACAAAGAUGCGUUUUUGGCACUUUUUACCCAGCUGAAGCAAAUGAAGAAUAAAAUCAAGAAAUCCACGACGAUGAUGAUUACAUGUGUCAAUGAUCGAAUGGAUCAGUGUUUAUUCUCAUAGAACAAUGCUGUCUAACUGAGGUAUCGCUCAGAUAGAGGCAGCAAACAGAUGUGUUAAGUGUUUUUGUUCAAAAAGCACAGUCGUCUUUACUAAAACAAAUCAAACAUAUGUAUGUAUGUCUGUCUAAGAUUAGGUUUAUAAGGAAGGUUCGUAUGUCUGCGCUAAAAGACUGUUAUUGGGUGUCACCUGGAGUAUUUGUAUACAGAACACCUGAGCUCUAACAACACUCUAAUAUCGUACCCGAAGGACAGAACAUGUGCUUUUUAUUUCUCACUCAUUAUAAUUGUUUGUCGAACAAAUCCAUAGACUCUGUUGUUAAAGGCAGAAGGGUUAAAGAUGUUUUAAGGCGGAUCGACCUCACUGUCAUCGCUGCCUUGAAUGUGUGUGGACAGUGGAAAGUUCUUUUCAUUGGUCUAAUCUGUCCUUCAGAAACUCUGUCAUCUUUUCUCUCUGGACAUUCAGAACACCUCUGAUGGCAUUGCUGUUCUGUUUAAUUUCUUUUUUUCUGAUUGUUUAAUUUAUGAGACUCCCAAUCUGAUUAAAUUCUAUAAUUGCCUUGUAUGGGAACUCACUUUUUAUUAUUAAACCUCUGUUUAAAUACAGACUCUAUAUAUGGAAUAUUUUAAUAUAAUAGGAUAUGGGAAAUUCUUUAACACAGACAUAACAAAGCCAUUGUGAUCUUUUAAUCAUGCUUAUUGAUACUUGUAUAUUGAAGACUGCGUUAUAUAAAGGUGAAGAAAUGCUGAUGAUUUUAGUAUAAACAAUAAGGUGAAAUGACGCUAAGAAAAUAAAAUGUUUGAGACUUUUUAAAUGUAGUUUGUGUUUUGGUGGGUGAACAGUGUUUAUUCAGUGAAAAUGAAAACUACAAAGCAGAAUAUGGACCAGUAUAGUCCAUAUUUCUCUUGAAUUGAAGGUUGAAUUUGAUCGAAUUGAAUGUUUUUGAUUUGGUCUGAUUUCAUACCGUUUGUAAUCUAUGUAUUAUAUGAGCAAAAAUGUAUUUAGGAGCAGACAAAUGUUUUGGUCUUCAUGCACAAAAUUGUCUUUCAUAAAACAAAAAAACAAAAAAACAAUGAAAAUAAAAACAGUCUGUGUUUGUACAGAGUAAAUUCCAGA